AUGGAGGAAAUCGCAAAGAAGUGUGAGAAACUAAAACUGACAGAAAAUGAAGCAGAACAGGUAGUCCUAGAAGAAGAGGAGGUGAAUGAGGGCUGGGUUCUAGCAGGUAAGUUUCUGUCGAAAAGGCAUAUUAACUUGGGGGCAGUAGUGAAGGCCUUGAAACUGAUAUGGAAAACAAAGGAAAACUUUGUGGUACAGGACAUCGGUGACAAUACUACUCUGUUCUUGUUCCAAAAUGAAGGGGACAUGAAUAGAGUACUAUGGGCAAGCCCAUGGUCUUUUGAUAAAUACUUAUUAGUCCUCCACAAGCUGGGUAAAGGGGACUCAAUCUCAACGAUAAGCUUCGAUAGGUCUUCUUUCUGGAUACAGAUACAUGGCCUACCGAUGAGAAUGCAGACGAUGGAGGUCGCAAACAAGAUUGCAGGGCCUUUGAGGCUGAUAGAGAAGGUGGAUAUAGGUUCAAAAGGGUUCAGGUUGGGAAAGUACCUUAGAAUAAGAGUGAACAUCGAUAUAUCAAAACCCCUGUGCAAGGGAAGGGUGGUGCGAAUGGGAGAAACGGAGAAGGAAUGGGUCGAUUUCCGAUAUGAGCGCCUCCCCAUCUUUUGCUAUUGGUGUGGGAAACUGGACCACGACGAUAGAGAUUGCCCACUCUGGUUGGACAACAAUGAGUCCCUAGAGCUUGAAGAGAGGCAGUACGGCCCCUGGCUCCGUGCAGAUACGGAAAGAUUGCAAAGGCCGCAAGUUGCAGAAACACCAUCUCGGAAAAAUGAAAAAGACGGAAUUAAGUCCGGAAACCAGAAGCAAAGCAAAAUCCAGGCAAUGAAUAGUAGGUGGAGAUCAUCGGAAAAGGCAGGACAUGGUGGAGUGGGUGAAAUACCAACUACAUCGGUAAUGUCGAACCUAAUGUCAGAGGCGGUCAUGAUGGAUGUGACUUUUCAAAGAGAGAAGGAAGAUGACUUUGAGACGCAAUUAAGGGAGAUUGAUUGUGCCAUUCAUGCAGUAGACACGGAAAAGGAAAAAUGGGAAACCGGGAGGCUAUAA